AUAUUUCGAUGACGCUAUCGCUUUAAUUCGUGACGCAGCUUCAACUAGUGGCCUGGCCCACUUUUUGCAGCUAAAGCAGGCGGGGUGCUGCAGCAGCGAGCUCGGCCGCUCGCCCGGUUCGUCGGUGCUCUGCUGAGUAUUUACCGCGUCCACAAUGGAGUUUUUACUGGGGAACCCGUACAGCACGCCCGUGGGACAGCGAAUCGAGAUAGCAACAAGCUCUAGCCUGCCAUCAGAAGACUGGUCUCUCAACAUGGAGAUCUGCGAUACGAUCAACAGCUCUGAAGAAGGGCCUAAAGAUGCAGUCAGAGCCAUUAAAAAAAGGAUUGUGGGAAACAAAAACUUUAAGGAGGUCAUGCUAGCGCUCACUGUACUGGAAACCUGCGUGAAGAACUGCGGCUACAGGUUUCAUAUCUUAGUCACCACAAGGGAUUUUAUCGAGGGGGUUCUGGUCCGUUCUAUUAUCCCGAGGAACAACCCUCCUCUGAUCGUACACGACAGAGUGCUCGGCAUCAUACAGGCGUGGGCAGACGCAUUCCGUAGCUCGCCCGACCUGACUGGUGUGGUGUCAGUCUAUGAAGACCUGCGAAGGAAAGGGCUUGAGUUCCCUAUGACGGAAUUAGAUGGCUACCCAUCAGGCCAACCUCCCAAAAGGACCUCGUCUCGAAAUGGGCCUGCCAUUGCUACUGUCCCUGCUCCGCUGCUGUCCUCCAAACCUCCCCUAAUCCCACCCCAGACUCUUGAGCUAAAGCAGGCGCUAGAGGGUGGUGAUGCCUUUACUCCCAACCAGGUAGGAGCACUAAAGGCAGAGCUGGGAGUGGUGAGGAGCAACCUCACAAUGAUGUCCGAUAUGAUGAGUCAGCUGGAUCCUGUCACGGUAAAACAAGCUGACAUGGAGUUGCUGGAGCAGUUAUACACAGUAUGUAAGGAAAUGCAGGACAGGAUAGUGAAGAUUGUCCCCAGGCUUAGUGAGGAGAAACUGAUCGAAGAGUUAUUAGCAACAAAUGACGAGAUGAACACUGCCUUCUCGCGCUAUCACAGGUUUGAGCGACAAAUAGCAAAUGGCCCAAACACAACCCAACAGAGCCAUACAUAUGUAAACCUAAAAGACCUCAAUAUUAGUGAAUCGGGGGCCGCAACAGCUAUCAAUGGCGGCCUGCUCACACAAUCAAAAGAGGACAGUUUGUCCAGCCGGAUGGCAGGGCUCAACACAAGGGAAGGAGAUGACGUGGAUGCAUUUUUACACAAAACAAAUGGCUCAACUCAAAGAGCAAGUGAGCAUAUAGACAUUGGACUGGAUGGCCUUGCUCAAGCUCAGGAAAACUCUAAAGUGGAUUACAGCCCAGCAUCCUCUCACAGCUCCUCACCAAAGUUAGACUGGAUGAUUAAAAGGGGAAUGAUACCUGUCAAGCAGUCAAACGUAAUGGAUGAUAUUGAGAAAUGGCUUGAGUUGGAUGAUGAGUAUGACGACGUUGAAGACUCUGAAGGUGUCACAAGUGAAGAAUUUGACAGGUUCUUGGCACAAAGAGCAAAAGCAGCUGAGCGGUUACCUUCAGUGCGACAGUCUUCCCAGGAUGCCAACCACUCCGAAUCCUGAGCUGCAAUUCAGCCUGCCACUCGCAAGUCGAAAAAAGUCCCUCUGGCAUAAGGGACAGAUGGAGAUGUAUUUUGGCAUCAUGUAUCGAAGGCAAAUGAAGGACUGCAGCCCAUAUUUACUUAUUGUAUAUCCUGCUUUUGCUUUGCUGGGGUUUUAAUGAGUGGAUGAGGAGCAGAGGAUUUUACUUGAUGUAAUUAAUUUUGGUUGUAAUGCAAACAUUUGCACAAUUUGUAUGAUUACAUUCCUACUGUUGAAGGAAACGUGGGAUAUUGUUACUUAAACAAUUUUUGCAACAUAGAUAACUAUAUUGCUAUGAAUAUUUGUGGCUUAUAAUGAGUUACAGAUAACACCUCAGUCAACGUAGCAAACACUGUUAAAUUAUGUGAACAUAAAUGUCAGAAAUUCCUGAUAUGAAAAGUUGAGGCAUUUUCCAUGUUAAUAUUUGAAACAGGAUGUAAAGGAAACAUAAUUUAGUUGUUUGUUGUUGUUUUUUUUACCACCAUAAUAUUUCUUUGUCAAGUUUAAAUGCAGAGUGCAAUUAAAUGAUUUACCAAACUA